AUGAAUAUUAUUCUAUCGAAAUUUCUUGCUAGUUCUUGUUUAUUUGGUUCUGCCAUUAUUGGAUGUUUUAUUCCAUCCAUUAUAAGAAAAAGUAUUAAAAAUGGUGUUUCCGAAUCUAAAACCUCAAAAAAAGAGGGAAUCAUGUGUCUCUGUAAUUGCCUUGCAGCAGGUUUUAUAAUGGGUAUGAGUUUUUUGCAUAUGUUUCCAGAGACUGUAGAACAAUGUUCUUCAAAUGGAUUAAUUAUAAUGAUAAAGGAGAAUAAAUUAAAUCUGGCAUUUGUUAUAAUGCUUUCAUCAUUUUCAAUCAUGUUAUUUUUGGAACGUGUUCUAUCCUUUGGAAGGACACCUUGUUGUUCAGUAUUUAAUGAUUGUAAGGACGAUAUAAAAUGCUGUGUAUCAAUUGAUGAAGAAUCUCUUGUUAGUUGUGGAAUCAAGAAUGAAGAAAAUAUUAGUCAUGCUGAACAUUGUAAACCUUGUAAUUCUCCAAGAUAUAAACAUAAACAUUCACAAAUCCUUGCAACUAUUAAAAAUCUUCUUUGUCCCAUUUGUGAUUGUAAUGGACUUUGUAUAACAUUAGCACUUUUUUUACAUUCUGUUUUUGAAGGAUUAGUUGUUGGACUUGAGGAUCAUGAAAUUCAUAUGUGGUUAAUUACUUUAGCUAUUGUAUUACAUAAAUGGGCUGCUGGUAUGGCAUUAGCAUCAUUUUUGGUUGGUAAUACCAAGAGUACUGUUUAUGCUUUAUUUUCUAUUUUCUGUUUUGGAUCUCCUCUUGGUGUUUUAAUUGGUUCACUUAUUUUGGAUUCGAAUUUGAAGGUGAUUGGUGUUUUGAACUCGAUUGCUCUUGGUACUCUUGUUUAUGUCGGAUUUGAAAUCAUCGUUCAUGAACUUUUCUGUGAAAUCAAAUGUAAAAGAACUGCUCUCUACAAGUGGAUUUCAUUCAUUAUUGGCAUCGCAUUCAUCUUUUCCACAUUAAUUUUAGAAUUUUUAUUAUCAAAUCAUGAUCAUUAA